AUGCUAGCUGCUGUCGUCGAGAAGUUCGGCGAGCCGUACCGAAUGAAGCGCAUCUCACGACCCUCGUCGCCACAAGGCCAGGACAUACUGCUCAAAGUCCUCGCCGCCUCAUACUGCCACACGGAUGCUGUGUUUGCCUCUGGUGGACUAUCCCAGACCCUGCCACGCAUUGGUUGCCACGAAUUUGCCGGCCGAGUUCUCGAGGUCGGGCCAAACGUCCCAAAGACCCGUGGCAUCUUUGCUGGCCUUCACGUCGGCGUCCCAGGUCGAGCCUAUCAUCCAUGCGGGACGUGCUACGAGUGCCAGAACACAGGCCAUGAUGAGAUAGGCUACUCCCCGUACUGUUCACAGGCAGGCAAUCUGGGCUUGACAGAGGAUGGUGGUUUCCAGGAGUACUGUCUCGUCGAUAGCCGUCAAGUCGCACCUCUCCCCGAAGGCCUCUCGCCGCUACAGGCAGCACCAUUGAUGUGUGCCGGGCUUACUAUCUGGUCAGCCUUGCGUCAUGACGCGGUGCAGCGCGCAAGCACGGUAGGGAUCCUUGGCGCUGGCGGAGGGCUUGGACACUUGGGGGUUCAGUUCGCUGCACGCCUGGGCAAAAGGGUCCUGGCCAUUGAUGCGAACGAUGCGGCAUUGGCGCAUCUAAAGCAAGUCAAGCAUAGCCUGGGCUCUGUUGGGACCUCGGUUCACGUGGCAGAUGCACGCACCCUGAAUGUGGAUGAGACCAAAGCCAUCUGGGAGGAGUCAUCGACAAAGCUUCCCACCGAGAUCGGCCUCGAUACUAUCAUCCUGCUACCAGAGUCUCAGAAAGCCUUUGACCUAGGGGUGCAGCUGUUGAGAGAUCAUGGCACGAUGAUUGUACUUAGCUUCCCGAAAGAGAAGCUCUCCGUCCGUGCUCAUGACUUGGUCUUUCGAGAUAUUAGGCUGGUUGGAAGCUUGGUCGGAAGAAACACGCAACUCAGGGAGAUGCUGGACUUUGUCGUAGAAAAUGGGGUGAAAGCUUCGGUCAAGGCAUAUCCCUUUGAGCAGCUCAAUGAGCUAGUAAGGGACAGCAAGCAAGGAGCCAGCGGGAAACUGGUCAUCGACAUGACUCUGUAA